UUGCCUUCCGGCUUCCCCUGCUAACUGCCACUCCAGCAGAGCCCGAGUGUUGAUAAAUACAGGGGGAAGAAAGAAUCACAGAACUCUGUCCUCUGCUGCAGCUGCCUGCACGCCAGCCUCCUCCGGCAAUCGGCUUGCUCACAGUCAAGGGACGCAGGUGCAGCAGAUGCUGACUCAGCCCGUGCCGUUAAGAGUUACAAAGCAAGCCGAAAUUUGGAAGCUAUGGGCCGGGCACGCAGGCCUCCCCCAGGGCAGCACAGGCACUGUGAGAGAUGCUUCAACCGGCACUGCCAUGUUCCUGUGGAGCCCACUGUCUCCUGCCCGGUGAUAAGCUGCCGCCUGUCCUGUGGCGCUACCUUCCACAUGUGCAAAGAGGAAGAGCACGAGCUCCUCUGCCCUUUAGAGCAGGUUCCGUGCCUCAACUCCGAAUACGGCUGCCCCCUUUCCAUGUCCCGCCACAAGCUGGCCAAGCACCUGCACGUGUGCCCCGCCAGCGUGGUCUGCUGCUCUAUGGAGUGGAACCGCUGGCCGAACGUGGACUCCGAAACAGCCCUUCAUGAGAACAUCAUGAAAGAGACCCCCAGUGAGGAGUGUUUGGACACCGCCCUGGCCCUCCAGGACCAGAAGGCCCUUUUCAGAUCUUUGAAAAUGGUAGAGCUUUUCCCAGAAACCAGAGAGCCCACUGAGGAGGAGCCUGCGACCAACGGUGAAUCCAGCUGGGAGGAAAUGGGAGGAGCGGUGGGUGGAGCAGAUGCCGGUUUGGUAACACACGGCUCCCUGGCAGCCAUGAAUGGAGAGGUGGCAGAGCCGAGCCAAGAAGAACGAGAGGUGUUAGCCAAAACCAAAGAAGGGAUGGACCUGGCCAAGUUUGACAAGUGGGAAAAUAUGUUCAGUAAAGAGCACGCGGCCUCUGCUUUAACAAGCACAUCGGCGAGCCUUGAGAGCAAGUGCAGGAACGGCCCAGAGAAAGAACAGGUUUCCAGCGGCAGUAACUCAGGAGAGGAGGGUGCUGCCAAGGGGAAAGAAUUACAGGGAAACCAGAAGCAGCAGGACUUUAAUGCAGCCGUGGAAAAGACAGGGCUUGCCCCUUGGCAGGAUGGCGUUCUGGAAAGGCUGAAGACAGCUGUGGAUGCAAAGGACUAUAAUAUGUACCUGGUGCACAAUGGGAGGAUGCUUAUUCACUUUGGUCAGAUGCCUGCUUGUACACCUAAAGAGAGAGACUUUGUUUAUGGCAAACUUGAGGCUCAGGAAGUGAAGACUGUUUAUACCUUCAGGGUUCCUUGGAGUUACUGUGGGAAGCGGGCUCGCCUCGGAGAUGCCAUGCUGAGUUGUAGGCCAAGUGAACACAAGGCCGUAGAUACUUCUGAUUUAGGGAUCACUGUGGAGGACCUGCCCAAAUCAGAUCUCAUCAAGACCACCCUCCUGUGUGCUUUGGAAAGAGAACUCAAAGGCCAUGUCAUCUCUGAAUCCAGAAGCAUUGAUGGACUGUUCAUGGAUUUUGCUACACAGACAUACAGUUUUGAGCCAGAACAGUUUUCCUCUGGCACAGUGCUGGCUGACCUCCUGACCACUGCCAACCUGAACGGUCUCCACGUGGAGCUCCACAGUGAGUGUGUGACCAGGAGACACAACAAGAGCAGCUCUGCCUUCACUUUCAUUUGCAACAAAUUCUUCAGGAGGGAUGAAUUCCCCCUACACUUCAAGAAUGUUCACACAGACAUUCAGUCAUGUCUCAAUGGCUGGUUCCAGCAUCGAUGCCCCCUUGCCUACUUGGGAUGUACCUUUAUUCAAAACCAUUUCCGUCCCCCAGGGCAAAAGGCAAAAGUGAUCUAUAGUCAGGAGCUCAAGACCUUUGCCAUCAAGCCGGACGUUGCUUCAGAGCUGAGUGAGAGAAGAAAGAAUAACCGUCUCUCAGGCCGCGAAGGAAAAAGCCAGAAUUCUCUAACCAGCCUGCCCCUGGAGAUUUUGCAGUACAUUGCUGGGUUCUUGGACAGCAUCAGUCUGUCCCAGCUCUCCCAGGUGUCUGUGCUGAUGAGGAAUAUCUGUGCCACUUUGUUACAAGAGAGAGGGAUGGUCCUCCUGCAGUGGAAGAAAAAGAGGUAUUCCCAUGGAGGAACCUCCUGGAGAGUUCACAGAAAGAUCUGGCAGUUCAGCAGCCUCUUCUCCAAAAUCAAGAGCUGGGAGUUUAAUGACGUCGCCUCCAUGUCUGAGCACCUGAAGACCUGUCCUUUCAAUGUUGUAGAACACAAGACUGAGCCGAUUCUUUUGACCAGCAUGUGUCAGCCCCAUGAAAAGGCCCGGGAGAGCUUAGUCACCACCUUUAAAGCCAGACCACGGGGAAGAUACACCUACUAAAGACUCAGAACCUCCAUUCUUGGUUUCCCACUCCGCAUUACUACAAGCACAGUGUGGUUUGGAGGCCUUCCUUCUGUAAGCUGCAAAUGUACUUACCUGGGUGUUUCAGAGCAUGCGAUGUCCUUCAAAACCUGAACACUUGCACAAGUUCUAAGAAUUUCCUAAGCCAUGGCUUGUAGAAUUGCUGUAGUGCCAUACUGAUAACAUAUUUCCUCCCCACCUACCUUUUUUUUUCCCUAAAAUUAAUCAGUCUGAGGAGUAUAUAGGUAACUUGAGGCCAUUUGGAAGAUGAGCCCAAGCCCUUAGGAGAUGAGAGAGUAGUGGUUAUGGAAUAGCAACACCAGCACAGGCCUGUGCUUUAGUGGAGAGCUUUUCAGUUGAUAAGCACUUUCAGUGAUGUGGGGCCAGCAAUGUAGGGAAGGGACGGAGGUGCCUCCCAGGGCACCCAGGGUGACGGCACAGAAUGAAGGUUCUGGAGCUGAGGUUGUCUCGACAGCCAAGUCCAGUUCUCCUAGUUGCCCCACUACCUCUAAGCCUAGACAGUCCCCACACAGCCUGAUGCCAGAGACCUUGGCUGGGCACAGCAGCCUCGAGGACACCACAGGCCAGCAACGAGAGGCAGAAAUGAGGUCAUAGAGUUUGCUGUGUAGAAUCUUGGCAACAUAGAGAAGGACAGCCUUGAAAAGUGAAGAAGAAUCCGAAGAAUAUACAUUAUUUAUGGAGAAAAUUAGGACAAAAUGUCACAGUCUUACUUUUAAACAUGUUAAUAGCGGCUUAAGAGUCAAGGUUCUUUUCCUCUGAGCAUUAUAUUCUAGGUCUGGAUAGGGGAGAGCACAGGCAUGGGCCGGCACCACCCUGGACUAUGUGAAACGAUCUCAGGACACGGGGUGGCCCAAGGAGACCGCGCAUUUGGACAAGCCCAGGCGAGGCCCGUGGCAGCGCCUGUGCUACCAGUCGCCGGGCGCUGGACACCACUUGGCUACCCCUUUGGGGAUCUUGGGGAGGAAGGCAGCUGAACAUAGAGAUUCCCUGUAACUGCCCUACUAUUGCUGGUCACGACUCCAUUCUGUCAAAAAUGUGUGACACUUCCGGCUUUUGAUACCAAACAGUCAAUACAUAUAAGAACAAAAGUAAAGUAAAAAUACACAGUAGAAACUAGAAUCCCCUAAAGCAGGGUUUCUUGGAACUAUUGACAUUUCGGAUCGGAUAAUUCUGUCAUAAGGGACUGUCCUGUGUGUUAUAGGAUGUUUAGCAAUAUCCUUGACCUCUGUCCAAAAGAUACCAGUACCACCCCCGCAGCUGUAACAGCCAAAAAUGUUUCCAGACAUUGCCAAAUAUUCUCUUGGAGCAAAAUCACUCCUGGUUGAGAACCACUGCCCUGAAGAAUAAACUUACUGCCAAUGGCAGUAAGUUAGGAUAAGCUUUUUAGUACAGCAAAAUCUUAUCUCACAUAGUUAUCUACAAUGUCUUGAUUUCAUGCAACUCUUCUUUAUUUACUAAAUAGGUUUUAGACACAUGGUGAUUUCAAGUUGGGAACCAAAUGGAGCUAGUUUGUUUGCUGUGGCUUCGUGUCCUUGGGUCCACGUGCAAAAGUAUAUCCUUUCAGCUCUCCAGGUGUAGCUGAAGCCAGGAAGAUUGGGCUAUAUAUCUUGUGUUUAUAUCCCUCUCACCUUACUUGGUGCCAUUUUCCUAGCAGUCCUCAAGCAAGUGAGAAAGAAGGGAAAAGGAGGAUGGACAUUGUGGGGAAGCAGAGAACAAAAAGAAUUUAGCCAACAACAACAAAAACAGUGCAGUCAGUAUGACUGUCCGUUAAUGCCUGAGUCUCUCUCUGAACAUGGUCCAGAGCUGGUGUAGAUGAAGUAGGUGAUACCUCUGAGAGGUCAAGAAGGCAUUAGAACUAGAAGCUGAUGCAACAUUGUAAACUGACUAUACUUCAAUUGAAAAAAAAAAAAAAAAGAAAGGCAUUAGAGCAAGUCCCAGAGUAGAAAGAUGCUACUUUCAUUAUAAUGUGCCACUUGGUACUAUUCGGUAAUUUAAUUCUAUUUUUCCUAAUCCUUAUUGUUUGGUUUACACUUCACAUUGUAUAUAAGGCACUGUUUUCUAAAAAUAUAACUAGAGUGUAAGCUACAAUUUUAUUCAGUGAAGAUGAGCAACUGGAACAACCAAACACUGAAAUGGAAAAAGAAGGGAGAGUUCUCCAGGGAUCUGUUCCAUGUGUUUUGAAUCUACUCCUAUCUAUAUGGAGAAAGAAAGCUCCGAAAGUCCAUUCUGGGUUUCUUAUUUUAGUAGAAAAAGAGGGAAUGGGGAGCUAAAUAGUAAAGGAGAUGAAAAUCCAGGGCUACCAUAAGCUGGAUGAGAAUUAUAGAGAAAGGAAGAGAGCAGAGAGCUCGUUCUUGACAGUCUGGGCAGCCCAGGGUUCAGGAGGACAAUCAGGAGAGUGACCACACUGCUCUGUGGGCCCCACACUUCUAGUCACACUUUGCUUUCCCAGUUGCUGCCUUCAGUGCAAUAUUGAGUUGAUUAACAUCAUCAAACACAUUUUGUAAGAUAUCUAAUUGUAUAUGUUGCAGAAAACCUGGGUAGAUCAGGUAUCCACUGGUCUACACAAACAAGCACAUUUUAUGGUGAGAGGGCAGUUAGAACAAUAGGGAAGCCUUUUAGAAAGAUGGUAGAUUAGACGGAAGAUGAUCUGCUUAGUGAGACGAGGCUGUAGUGAGCAGCAAGCAUUAUCUGACAGAGGCAAGAGAGCUAGACACAGCUUUGGAUUGAGAAGCAGCUGCGGGGAGUGAAAAGAGACUGUGUACCCAAGAAUGGAGCCUGGACAGGGAGGUGGCCAUGAGCAGAGCCCUUGAAGGGUAUCACUGCCAAGAAAGUCAGUCCAAGUAGAGAUCAGCCGAACGUGGAGGGUGAGGUCUGAAGAACUGAGGCAGAAAGGACUUUGUUGCCUUAAUAGUACAGGGAUCUGGAAAGGAAACUUUUGUGUUAUAAUGAAGGGAAAAGUGAAAAGCAAGGUGGAACUUGGAGAUAUAGUAGUAAAACCACUGCAAAAGUGUGUUCUAUGUGUGAUGUCAAAUCAAACUGAAGUGAAGAAUGAGAUUGUGUAUACCUAGGGUAACUUACCUCUGUACACUGGGAAUACCAAUGUCUCUAUAAAAAGAAAUAAAAGCUGCUUUGCACUCUGA